AGAAACCCACAACCAGAUACCACAAACCUCGAACCGAAUCAAAGAAGUAAAGAAUCGAGAAUCAAAAUCCCAAAACCCAAAAUCAACCACACGAUGCCCUUCUCAUUCACAUCCUCCAUCUCCUUCUCCUCCUCAAUCAGCCACAACGGCAAGACGGAGGAGAAGCGCUGGGCCCGCAAGACGGAACGGAGUCCAUCGGGCACCACCGUCCGGACGGCUUCCCACAAGACGGGCGAGCCCGUAUACCUCGAGCGCCGCGAGUACGAUUCUGCUGGAAAGGCCCUACCAGAGGGACGCGCUGUCAAGAGUGAUGGGGCGGAAAAGAUUGAUCGUCGGAUCGAGGACGUUUCUGAGCGGGAAUGAUUGUAGAAGCAAGGAUUGGAAUCAUCGACAUGAUGGGAAUGGAGUUUUGGGGGUUUGAUUUCGGAGUUUGCUUUUGCUUCAGGGCCAGUCAAUCAGCGAUUAUUCUUCGUACUCGAGGACAAGUGCGUUCUACUCGCACUUGGUGUGUUGACGGCAGGUGUUCUUUAUUGUCUUGA